AAUGUCAACUGUCAUUUGAAAAAAUCGUGUGUGCGGAUGUGGAUUUUUGUACCACUGGCCGACGACAAUCUCCCACGUUUGUUUUCGAUUUUUAACAUCAAAUUACUUAAAUAAUCUUUUAAAUUUUGUUCAAAAUAAAUUCAAUUCAACUGCAGUAACAAAAAUGCCACCUAAAAAAUGUUCUGCUGCUCCUAGCAAAAAGACCGAAAUCAAAAAGAAAGAAAAAGUUAUUGAGGACAAAACAUUUGGAUUAAAGAACAAAAAAGGCUCAAAACAACAAAAAUUCAUUCAACAAGUCCAGAAACAAGUUCACGCCGGUGGACAUCAUCCUAAGACCGAUGCCGAAAAGAAGAAGGAAGAAAAGGAGAAGAAAUUGCAGGAACAGAAGGAAUUGGCUGCACUCUUUAGGCCUGUCCAGGCACAAAAGGUAGACAAGGGUACCGAUCCCAAGUCUGUUGUGUGUGCCUUCUUUAAGCAAGGUAGCUGCGGUAAAGGCGACAAGUGUAAGUUCUCUCACGACUUAACUAUCGAGAAUAAGACCGAGAAACGUUCCAUUUACGUGGACAUGCGUGAUGAUGAAGGCAACGACAUGCAAAGCUGGGACACGGACAAGCUGAAAGCUGUCGUUGAUCAGAAGGCCUCAAAUGAUAAACGACGUGCUACAACAACUGAUAUUAUUUGUAAUUUCUUCUUAAAAGCUCUGGAAGAAUCUAAAUACGGUUGGUUUUGGGAGUGUCCAAAUGGCGAGAACUGCAUUUACCGGCAUGCCCUGCCACAUGGUUAUGUUCUUAAAAAGGACAAGAAGAAGGAAGAAAAACCGUCCGAAAUUUCUUUGGUCGAUUUAAUUGAAAGAGAACGAUCUGCCUUAGGACCUAAUCAGACUCGUGUAACUCUAGAAUCCUUCUUGUUAUGGAAGAAACGUAAAAUCCAAGAAAAGAAGGAGAAACGCAUUGCCGACGAAGAAAAGAAGAAGAAGGACUACAACAAGGGCAAACAAUUUGGCAUUUCCGGUAGGGAAAUGUUUAGCUUCAAUCCGGAUCUUGUUGACGAUGGUCCAAUGGAGGAUGGUGAUGCAGCAUUCGAUAGCUAUGCCCGUUCGGAUGACGAAGAUGAGAACACAGUUGAAUACAAGGAACUUGAUUUGGCGGCGUUGUCUCUGGCAGCUCAAGAGGUGGAUGGAACUGGAACUGUCGCCUCAAACACUCGAUUAAAAGACCAGAAAGAUGCCGCUGAUGCUGAGGAAGCAGCUGCAGUUAAAACCGAAACACCUGCUGAUGAUGAUGCGGCUCCAAUUAAUGAGAAUCUUUUCCUUGACGAUGAUUGCUUGGGCGGCUUGGAAGAUGAACUAAAUGACCUCGAUUUGGAUGAAGAGGAUUAAAAAAAAAAACAGUUACCCAGAAAAAUAAAUGAUUGCCAAUUUAAUUAUGAGAAGAAAUAACUGGAUAUCAGAAAAAUACAAUCGUUUGGAUUUAUCAUUAGCGUAAUAA